AUGGCCGAUACCAAUAACACCGCACCUUCUGGAAACGCUGUUCCGGAGCCGCUGAUUUUCUCGGGUCGCCCCGCCUCACCCUUACCUUCCGACACUGCAUCUGUUGCUUCCCACGAUUCUGGUCUUGGGCCUUCUCUGUUUGAUACUGAUGGAAACCACAAUCCUGAUUCUAAAGAAAAUUAUUACUCAGACGACUACGAUUCCGAUGCCUCUGCGAGUACCGAAGAUGCAAAUCCACCUGCACAACCAGUUGAUCUUUGCACUCGCCACGACUGCUUAAAUCGACUUGCUGAUCAGAUGGCUCGUGUCAGCAUCCUCGAGCAAUUUGUCCAGCUCCGAGCACGCCACUAUACAGGUGAAUUGCACAACGACCUACAGAAUGCCGGACGUCCACCAAAAACCAUGCAUGAACAAAUCCAAGACCUCGAAGAAAAGGGAAAGGAAAUCCAGGAACUACUCGCAGAGAGCCGCCGCGCAAAGGAAGUCAUGAGCAAGCGAGAAGCAGAAAUGGACGAAAGGAUUGACGAAUGUGGAAGGGUGCUCGAUACAAUUCAGGAAAAAGAAGAGAUCCUUGCAGCCAAUAUGAAAUCCCUGGACAAACGUCUUCAGCUGGUCAAAAAGGAAGAAUCAGAUCUCGCCAAACGCAAAAAGGAACUUGAUCUACGACAAAAAACCAUCGAAAAGGACACGACAAAACUCGAAAACAGCCAAGUAACCUUUGCAAAGCAAUCAUCCAUGUUAAGCAACCUCUUGCGUAAACAGCACGAAACCAAGACAGCUCUAGACAAUGCAAAAGAAACGCUGGAGGCUCAUGAAAACUCAGUGAUGAAGCGAGACGUCGCAGUGACACAGCGAGAGGUGGCUGUGGCGCAACGAGAAGUUGCAGUAGCCAAACGAGAAUACAUCAUGGUGCAACGAGAAAAAGCAUUGCUUGAACAUGAACAAGCCGUUCACCGAUUUGUGGCGCAACAUCAGCAAAGCGAGCAAGAAUUCAAACAACGCAUGCAAUUUUUGAUGCAACAGUCAUUGGAGGGUGCUGUAUCGGAUUUGCCUUCGGAGAAGAAAGAGGAUGCACCCGAAGCCGCUGAAAAGGAGUCUGAACCAGAGGAAGUUACAUCAGCUUCGCAUGCCCCAGAAGCAAAUACAUCACCGCAGCCUUCGCCUUAUAUGGAAGCACCAGUCCCGAGCUCAAUGAUACCGCCGGUCAGACAACGCAGAGAGUUAUACGGAAGAUCUGACUCCCGGUCAACCAGGCGCACCCGAUAA